GGGCGGGGAAGGAGGGAAGAAGAGAGAAAGAACCGAACGGUCACCUGAUCACUUUUCCUCGGGGGCUCGGUCCCUCGCUGGUGUCCGGCGCGCUGGAGAUUCUGACCCUGUCAGCAAUCACGGUCUCCCGCAUCCCCGCGUCUGUCAGUUAUAGGAAGCGGCUCCCUUUCCCGGAGCCGCGCAGCUGGCGGCGCGGCGCGUUACCCGCUGGGUUUGAUGAAGACCAGAGAAGUAUGCUUUCCAUUGAACUUCACACCAUCAUUUGUCAUAGAGAAUGUCCUUAACUGAUAAUAGAAUGCAUUUUGCAUAUGAAUCUUCAGUACACAGUACCAAUAUUCUUUUGAGCCUCAAUGAUCAAAGGAAGAGAGAUCUUCUUUGUGAUGUCACUGUCCUAGUGGAAGAUCAGCAAUUUCGUGCUCAUCGUUGUGUGCUUGCAGCAUGCAGCAGUUACUUUCUUUCAAGAAUUGCUGGCCAAUCAGACACAGAUCUUAUCAUUACUCUUCCAGAAGAGGUGACAGUUAAAGGAUUUAGUCCUUUAAUUCAAUUUGCCUAUACAGCUGAGCUUAUUUUAAAUAAAGACAAUGUGGAUGACGUAUACAAAUGUGUUGAAUUUUUAGGCAUGCAUAACAUUGAAGAAUCCUGUUUUCAGUUCCUCAGACUUAAAUUUUUGAAUUCUACAGCAGACCAGCAAGAAUACCCAAACAAAAAAUAUUUUACAUCACAUUGUCAGAAAACCAAUAUUAAAAUUUCAUUAUUGGAUCAGGGAGAUCCAGAAAUAAAUGAAGUAGAAGAACUUUUAGAAAAUGAACAUGUUGAAACUCCUCACUUUAAACUUCAUACAUGUAAAGAGAAUAUAAAAAUAUCACCUCCUCUUCAAGAUAGUGCCAAUCAAACAUAUAAAUCAUGCACAGAAAAGGAAGAUGUUCUUGGUUUGCCAUCUUUAGGUCCAAAGUACAGGAAAUUCCAGAAAGCUUUUGGAACAGAUAGAGUUCAUAUUUUGGAAUCCAGUGUUAAAGACAGUCAAACAUCUACAUUUGUUUCUGUUCAGCCAAAUGAAUUAUCUGAAAAUGAAGACAUAGAAACCCAAGAUUGUACAGAUUUACAGAUGAUUUUAAAACAUGAAGACAGUCAAAUAGAAAUGGAUGAUGAAGAAGCAAAAGGGAAAAAAAAUUCAUGUCAGGAUUCUGUGGCAAAAGCAGAGGUGACACAAUUUACCCCAGAUCCUCCUGUGACACCCCAAGGAUUUUAUUCUCUUUCCCUCUUGCACACAUAUGAACAAUAUGGUGACUUGAAUCUUACAAGUAUGCAAAAUGUAACUAUGUUACCUGAAGACCCUUUGACUGGUACAGAUAUGAGAACUGAUAAAACAAUUACUGAAAAUCAAGCUCUACCUUUGAAAUCUGCUUCAGGCCAAAGAGAUGACCGACCUGUGUCAACAAAUGAUCGAAGCAGUGUGGAAAGGGAAGUGGCAGAGCACUUAGCAAAAGGUUUCUGGAGUGACCUUUGCAAUACAGAUACUAAUUGUCAAAUUCAGCUUUCACCUGCCAUAGAAAAAGAUUGUUCAGAACCUGUAUUUUCACAAAAAAGAUCAGAAUGUCCCUGGUUAGGUAUCAGAAUCAGUGAGAGUCCUGAACAGUGUCAAAGAACUUUUACUACAUUGAAUUCUGUGAGCUGCCCAUUUAUAAAUACUCUUAGUACUGAAGAAUGUACAAAUAAUUUGGAAAUAGAAAGUGAUGAUUUUGUUCCAGAACCACAGCAAGAGCCUUGCCCAUAUGCAUGUGUGAUUAGCCUGGAAGAUGAUUCUGAAACAGAUACAGAAGGAGACAGUGAAUCUUACUCAGCCAGAGAACAAGAGUGUGAGCAAAAGGAGAAGGAGAGUUUAUUAAAAGAAAGAGAUCAUAUUUUAUCAACACUGGGUGAAACAAAGCAGAACCUAACUGGACUUUGCCAGCAGGUAUGCAAAGAAGCAGCUUUAAGUCAUGAACAAAUCCAGAUACUUGCAAAGUACUCUGCCUCAGAUUGCCCACUUACCUUGUUAAUUUCCGAAAAAGAAAAACUUACUCCUGACUCUAAACCUGUGCUCCCAUCAUGUAUGGAUUUACCUCAUGGACUUCCAAAUAUUCCAUUGGCCACAGAACAAAGUUCUCCUUAUCCUUGUGUAAGAGAAACAAAUGAUUCACUACAGGAACAGCAGCAAGACUCAUAUCAGAACUCUCCACGAACUUCAUCACUGCUUGUAAGACAGUGUUAUCAAAGUGACGGCAUCACAGAUUUCUGUCAGGUGACUGGUAAAUGCACUGCUGAUGAUUGAAGCUAUAUUUGAUUUUCUUUCUGCCACUUACUUUUAUAAUCAAGUGUUUUUAUGUUAACAUGAAACUCUAACAUAGGUUCCAUACAUUGGUUUCUGAGUGAGUUUGUUGUUAAGCAUGUUUCUAUUAAGUUGAUAUUAUUAUCCCUAUGACCUUCAGGAGAAAACCACAGAUAUGUUUUAUCAGAAAACUUUUUGAAUUGGAUGAAAAAUUACAUUUAAGAAUAUGGCAAAUCUUUUAAAAUCACAUAUGAAGAUAGUUGUUAAUACUGUCCUCUAUUUUAAGUAAAACUUGAAGUGAAAGUCUAAUUCAGUUUGAGAAAGUCUGGCACCUUUUUUUUUUUCCAAAUUUAAAAAUAUUUCAAAUCAUCAGCAAACAUUAAAUGCCUACUGUGUUCUAGGCAAUGUGCUAAAUUCUGGAAAUACAAGGGAGGGAAAAGGCAAUUCAUGCCCUCAAGAAGUUUACAGUCUACUGGAAAGAUAACAUGCAAACAACUAUGUACAAAUAAGAUACAACUAUGUUUUGGGUAACUUUGGAAGGAACACACUAGUGUUGAGGAGUAGUAGAAAAGGCUUCUUGAAGAAAGUAGCAUUUUUAUCUGAGACUAAUCUAAGGAAGGUAGGAGGAGGAGAUGAAACAGAAGAAAAUUCUAAGCUUGAGGCAGUAGCCAAUGAAAAUUCAGAGAAUCUGUGAGAUAAGAGUAUCUUGUGUGAGAAACAAAAUAGGAAGGAGGCCAAUAUCACAGAAUCAAAGAAUAUGUGAAGGGAAAGUAAGGACACUUGUAAAUUUUUAAAUCCUACAUAUUUUUAAAUUUAAUAUUUAAAAAAAAAAAACCUUUCCCCCUCCUAUAAAUAAAUAGAUGGAAGAAUGCCUAUUUUAGGGAAAACUUGGCAGAUGGGGUAGAGGCCUCUCAAUUUGAGCACAUUAGGAAAUAUACUUUUCUAUGAAUUAAGAAUGACAUUCUAUUAAACAUAUUUCUGCUAACAUAGAAAAGCUAAAUAGUUAAGUAAAAUAUUAAUUUAUUAACAACCAAGUUAUGAAUCUUUUGGGGCAUAUUACAUGACACCACUACUGAGAUACAUUUUCACGUUUGAGGUUUAAAGUUUUCCCCUGAAUUAAAUUAUUACAAGUUUUUCAUUUUUACUGAUAAAGAGAACCAAAAAGGGGAAGGGAAUUUGCAAGAAUUCCCCAGACAUGUCUUCAUCAACAAACAUUUAUUAAACAACAUGUUUUCCUGGCAUUCUAGGACAUAUUUGUUGAAAAGCACUAAUCAGUAAAGCACUAAAAAUUUGAAUAGCAUGAAACUUAAUUAAAUUUCAUAGAAAAUUAAAAUUUCUGAAUAGGGUUGUAUCCACUUGCCAUAGUACAAAGGCACAAGCAGAUACCUUAACCUGAAUGUUUUUAUAAAGUUCUAUAUUUUAAUUUGGUGGGUAAAGUGUUUUUAAAUUUUUUGGCAAAGAUUUAGUUACUAAGGUAUUGCAUUGAAAAGCUAACCACAAUGAGCUAAUCCUUGGAGUGACUGAUUCCAUUAUUGGAUUUAUCUUAUAUCCUUAAAAUGAUUUAUCAUGAAAAAUAUUUAGUAGGCCUGAGAAAUAAAUUCAUAGUGUAUUGAAUGACCAUAAAAAUCCACUUGCUAUAUUUUAUAUUGGGACCAAUCUUAAUAUUUGGAAAUUUAAAAAUUUUUAAUUUUCUCCACCUUUUUGAUGUGGGAAAAUUCUCUAGCAUUUUAAUCCUUAUAAGUUAUAGAUGAUGUAACAAGGUAAAUUAGGUUUUGGUUUAUUCUCUAUAGGCUUGGGAAAAAACAUUUGAAAUGAUCUGGAAAAAUAGCAUUUUUAUAAUUAUAAAUCACAUUUUUAGAUUAAAACAAAAUUGUAUAUAAAUGAUUUCAUGUAGUCAUUUCUUUUUAUUUCAUUCUUGAUUUUUCAGCUUUGUACAAUAGUGUAAACUUUUUUUCCAAUUUGCAAAAUAUCAACACUUAUGUAAGCCAGUGGCUAGAAUCUUUGAUUCCCUACCUCAUUAUACACAUAAAUAGUUUUCAUAUCAGCAUGUGUAUAUGCAAAAAUGUCAAAUGAUCUGCUCUUAUUGCUACUGUAUUAGCAGGUUAUUCAGUAUUUUAUGACAAAGCCUCAUUAUCACCAGGAUUAAAAAAUAAUUUCAUAGCACUAGGUUUUAAGUCUGCAUAUUCAGAUAUGUAACUAAACCAGCCUGAGGAAUCCUUUUCUAAGUUUUGGCCAAUAAUUAAAAUGUUUAUUUCUUGAUAUUGAAUAUUAUUCCUUAUAACCAGCAUGAAUACAAAUAACUACACUACCUCAUAUGCAAGUGAUUGUCAAGUUAUAAAACAGAUGUGCAGAGAAUAUUUUAAAGAAUUUUUAAACAUUUUUGCUUUUCCCCUUCAUGAGGUGGGGAAGUUUUUAUUCUGUAUAUUGCAUAGAUUAUGCACGCAACAGAAUGACAGUAUAAUACAACAGAUACCUUGACCAGCAUUUGCAGUUCUUCACAAUUUGUUAGGGUUAUAUUCAUUGUAUAUGAUAUGCAAAAUCAUUUGUCUUAUCCUUCUGUACUUUGCCCAGUGUUUCAUGCAUUAUGUAAUUUUCUGAAAACAAUUACAUUAAACAUAGUCUUAAUUUGUAUUACAUUUUUUUCAGACUUUUAAAAAAUCAUUUUAAUACUAAUGGCAAAACUAUGGGCUACUCAGAACUAAUGUGAAUACUAUUUCUGUGCUAAAUAUUUUUUUUAUUUUUAAAAACAUUUGUUAAAGAUUAAUGUUUAAUCAUCUACAUAUUAGUAAUUAGAAACAUUUAAUUCAGUAAGAAUAAAGAUUGCAUGUAGAUUCUGAGUUAUGUUAUCAAUUUGGAGGAAGACAUGGCAAUAUUAUAAAUUCUCAGGUGAACUUUUUUAGUCAUUAAACAUGUAUUUUAAGUGUUAAUGCAUGUAAUAAACCAUAUUUUGAAACUUUUGGGGUGAAAUAUAAACUUAGCCAUAACAAUUAAAAAAUUGGUAUACGGAUUGUAAAAUCUGAAAUAAUAAUGUCUUUGUAUCUUUUAUCAUCUUUUUAAUGUAACAAAAUCAUUAUCCUUCCUAAUAAGGCAAGAUCUUGUUAAAGUUAUAAUUCUGUAAUAUUUAAGUUGCACCUUUUUUAUCAUGCUAAUUUUUAAUCCCAUGUUGGUUAAAAAUAGCCAAACCACAAGGCAUUACUUUCUUUGCUCCUUGGUAAUAAAUUUGCUGUUGAAUAAAUACCCUAAAAUUUAUUUAACAAUUAA